AUGGUCGAAAAGCGCGUCGUUGGGAGUUCUGGAGACGAAAAAGCUGAGCCUGCAAAGUACGAAAUGGUUAAGGAAGAAGAAGGAGAAGAUAGAGACGAGGAGGAUGAAGCGCAAAAGCCUCUCACCGACUGGGAAGCCGCACACGUCGCCGCAGAAAGUGGAGAUCUUGCCAAACUUCGCCUUCUUAUACUGAAGCGCGGCGUACUAGUACAUGUAGAUGCUGAAGACCAACACGCCAUGACACUCCUCCAAGUUGCUUCUCGGUACGGGCAUCUCGAGCUUGUCCAGUUUCUCAUCGACAAUCACGCAGCCGUGAACGCGACAAAACUUGAUGAUCGUGCAGCAUUGCACUUCGCCGUCAUCUGUGGGCACAUCUCAAUUGCAGAACAAUUGCUCGAGCACGGCGCAGAUGCCAACCUACGCAAAAGAUUUGGACUCACGCUCUUGCACGUUGUAGCGCAGACAUCGCACACCGGCCUUGUACAAGUCCUCUUGGAACAUGGCGCGGAAAUGGAAGUUCCUGACGACAGAGGCAAUACGCCACUAGACUGGGAGAUGACAAUCGGACCCGGUGUCAUGGUGCAAGUAUUACUGGAACAAGGUGCAAUUCUUCGUGAUCGAGAUGCUGACGGAAAGACAAGGGGUGGGACGUGCUGA